UUGUGUUAACUAUGAUCAGUGCGUGAUUAGACCGCGUCGACGCGGCUCGCGAGUGCUCCAAACAAGAACUAAUGGCUUAUCGACUUUAAGUGACACUUAACAAUACGUUAUAUAUUUUUUAAAAGGAAAUACAAUUUGGAUGCUGAAGUCUAGGCCAGAAGUGCUGUGAUAUCCGGAUGGACAACUAAUCAUGUGCGUUCGGACUAGAAUUAAGGCUGAAGUCUUAAUAUGUGUGUUUAUUGUAUUAGUGCCGUUGAUUGAGGAAACUGCAUCGCAAAGUGAUGAAAUAGUUGACCUUAUAACUGAGGCGAGGCUGUAUUCUCAACCGACUGGAGUGACCAGAAUAUUGGGAAGAUGCGCUAACGAAUCAAAUGGAAGGGAACCAGAAAUAGACGAAUGGGCUUACAGAUUGGGAGAGAGGGCACAAAUAUCUUUAAGCACCGGCGAUUAUUUUUCAAAAGGGUUCCCAACAAAUUUUUCUGUACUGAUCGUAGCGAGGCCCACUCCAGGUCAAAUCUACUCAUUGUUCACUCUAUACAGUGAAGAAGGGGACGAACAACUUUCGAUCAGUGUCGGUAGAGAUGUCAGCGUUUACUAUGAAGACACCGACGAAAUGCCUCUUGAAGGAAACCACAUACCUUUUGAAUUAUCAAUGGAUGAUGGAAAGUGGCAUCGAUUAGCCUUUAGUUUUAAGGGUGAUUCCGUUACCCUAAUAUACGACUGUGCGAAUACGAUAACGAAAUCAUUGGCCAGGGAAUCCACAUCCAAACUUAGCACAUCAGGAAUCAUGAAUAUUGGAUUCCAAUUAGCUGAUGAGGGGUAUUAUGAGGGUGACGUACAACUGUUAAAAAUCGCCCCUACUCCAGACGAGGCAUACAAUUUAUGUACAAAACAUGCUCCCGACUGCACAGGAAGUAUAUCUGGUUCUUCCCACAGUAGUUCCUACCAUUACAGUAGCAGUGGCGGCGGUGGUGGCUACAGCUAUAGUAGUAGCAGCAGAAGUUCUAGUUCUACUAGCGGUGGCAGCAAUGGCCACUAUAGCGGUUCUGGAUCUGAGUCGGGUGUCAAAUUCAGUUCUUCGUCACAAAGUGGAACCAGUGUUGGAUCCUCUUCAGGUGAAAGCAGUGGUUCUAGUUUUGGAUCUGUGGCAGUUGGUGGAGGUAGUGCAGGAACACUUGGAAUUAAAGUGGAAGGUGGAGGUAAUUUUAAUGGCGCUGGUGCAAAUGUUGGAAUUGGCGAAGGAAGUUCAGGAGGUGGAAGUAUAGUGACACGUAAUCAUGCAUCAAUGAAUAGUUCGGGAAGGGGAGAAGCUGGAUAUGAAGAAGAAAUAGAUUUCGAGGGAUUAAACAAAUUUAUCCAAGGAGCAGGUGGCACAUACAUCAGUCAAGAAGGGAGUGAAUCUGUAGACUUUGAUCAGAAUGUAAUGGGUGGACUUAGAGGUGAUAUCGAUUAUGAAAGUAAUACAGAUGUACCAGAAGUUAAUACCAUCAACAACACAACUGAUAUUCUAACAGAAACUGAAUGGGCUAACACAGAAUCGCCUGAUGGUUACGAUAUGUCACCAGUUGGACCAGAGUAUGGAAAUUCUCCUUCACCCUAUUAUCCAAAUAGAGGUCCUUCUGGACCACAUGGUUAUCCAGGUCCCCCGGGACCCCCUGGUCCACCAGGACCUAAGGGAGAGCCAGGACGAGAUGGUUUAGGUGGUACUGAUGGCAUACCUGGUCCACCUGGACAUGUGUUUAUGAUUCCGCUCAACACUCAAGGUAACGAAAAAGGUCCAGAUAGUCAAACAGAAACUUUCAGGCAAAUGUUAUCGCAACAUAUGAUGGCUAUGAGAGGAGUUGAAGGACCAAUGGGAUUAACAGGUGUGCCGGGACCACAAGGACCUCCUGGACCUGAAGGUCUCAAAGGAGAACCAGGAGAAAUAGGAGAACCAGGGCCACGUGGUGAAAUGGGACCACAAGGCUUACCAGGCAGAGAAGGUAGACGUGGAAGACCAGGUCGCGAUGGCGAGAGAGGAUUAACUGGUCCACCUGGAAAUAAAGGAGAACAAGGUUUAAUUGGUCUGCCUGGAUUACCGGGGGAUAAAGGCGAACGAGGAGAAAGAGGUGUUCCAGGAGAACAAGGUUUACCGGGUCACGACGGUAUGCAAGGCGAAGAAGGUCCUCCAGGACUGCCGGGCCUUCCUGGAGAACAGGGUCCUCGUGGAUUUUCUGGUCCAAGAGGUAUUCCAGGUUUGCCCGGCCCUCCAGGAAUUCCAGGAAGUGAAGGACCUCCUGGUUCAAAAGGACAUCCAGGUCCAAUAGGUCAACCUGGAGCCCCAGGACAACCAGGAUCAUCUGGAGCACCAGGUCCUCCAGGACCACAAGGUUUACUAGGACCUCCGGGUAUUAUGGGACCUAUGGGUAAACCAGGAAUUCCAGGACUGCCAGGAGCUGAAGGUUUACCCGGGAACAAUGGAUCACCUGGAUUACCAGGCAGAAAAGGAGAGCCAGGUUUACCAGGACAUCAAGGAUCAAUUGGAUUUCCUGGUGCUAGAGGUGUAAAAGGUGAUGAAGGAAAAAGAGGAGCAACUGGUGAAAAGGGGGACAAAGGCGACCGGGGACUAGAAGGAGAAAAGGGUGAACCAGGUUUAAAAGGAGAGAUAGGAGCUCAAGGACCACAAGGAAUACCUGGUUUGGAAGGACCAGAAGGGCCAAAGGGCUUCGACGGUCCUCGUGGUGAAACUGGACCCGCUGGACCCCCAGGAGAAAAGGGUAAACAAGGUAUUCAAGGUUUUGUUGGAUAUCCAGGAUCAACAGGUGAAAAGGGUGAUAAAGGUGCUACUGGUAGACUUGGGCCACCGGGUGAAAAAGGAGAAAGGGGUAAUCCUGGAAGCCCAGGAGAACGUGGUGAACAAGGACCACGUGGCUUCAGAGGCUACAGAGGUAAACGUGGACAGGAUGGGUUGCAAGGACCAAAAGGUGAUACAGGUCAACCAGGACCACCUGGUCCUUCUGGAGAAGUAGGUCCACCUGGUUCAGAAGGGCCUAGGGGAUUAUCUGGACCACCUGGAUCUCCAGGAUCCCACGGUAAAGACGGUGUCCCUGGCCCACCUGGAGAAAGAGGACCACCUGGUGAAGCAGGUUCUCCAGGAAAACCAGGAGAACCAGGAGUUAUAGGACCGCAAGGUCCUAUUGGAGAACCAGGGCCUAUUGGCGAACCAGGAACCCCAGGACCUCCAGGAAUUCCAGGCGAAGCAGGAGUUCCCGGUGAGGCAGGAAAAGAAGGGGCUCCAGGACCUCCGGGACCACCUGGUAAACCUGGAAUAUCAGGCCCAACUGGCCUUCCGGGAUUUCCAGGUGAAAGGGGCCAUAAUGGUCCACCGGGUCCACCAGGAUUGAAAGGAGAUGAAGGGCCAGCUGGCCCAGCUGGUCCACAAGGAGACAAGGGCGCCCAGGGCGAACCUGGAAAAGAAGGAUCUCCUGGACCUGAAGGAAGAAGAGGCCCACCUGGGCCACCUGGAGCUGGAGGAGCUAAAGGAGAACGUGGCGAAGCAGGGCCUCCGGGAGUAAGUGGAAGAGAUGGACUUCCGGGCCAAAGAGGAUUACCAGGAGCUCCAGGACCUGUUGGACCACCUGGUGAAGAUGGAGACAAGGGAGAUAUUGGACCACCAGGAGAAAAGGGUUUCAAAGGAGCUCAAGGAGAACCGGGACCAGUAGGAAGCCCAGGCCCUCAAGGUAUUCGAGGUGAAAUAGGACCAGUGGGACCACCAGGAGAAAAAGGACCCCCAGGAGAAAUGGGACGACAAGGUUCUAAGGGAGAAGAUGGCCCUAAUGGAUUGCCAGGUCCGGCAGGACCAGCCGGGCCACAAGGACUGCCGGGUCCCCCAGGUCAAAAAGGAGAAAUUGGAGAUUUCGGACAGAGGGGUCCCCCUGGUCCUGCUGGUACACCUGGUGAACAAGGUGAACGAGGUCCAAAAGGCGCAGAAGGGUUACCAGGACCACGAGGUCCGGAGGGAUUGCAAGGACCUAAAGGCGACGAUGGACCACCUGGUCCAAUAGGUCCUCCUGGAAAAGACGGCAGACCUGGUGAAACAGGGCCUCAAGGUCAAAAAGGCGAAGAAGGAAAAGUCGGAUUACAAGGACCACCUGGGCCUAGAGGACCAAUAGGACCAGAAGGUAGUAAAGGAUCAGCCGGACCUCCAGGUUUUCCGGGACCACCAGGAGAACCAGGUCUUACUGGUUUAAAGGGGGAACCAGGUAAAGAUGGUGAACAAGGAAAACAAGGCGAAGCAGGUGCACCAGGAGAUACAGGUUUACCUGGCCCAAUUGGCCCUCCCGGACCAGCAGGACGACCCGGUCCAGAAGGUCCUGCAGGUUUACAAGGGAAUACUGGAUUACCAGGGGAAAAAGGUGAUAAAGGAACAAUUGGAGCACCAGGAUUGCAAGGGCAGACUGGAUCUCAAGGUAUACCAGGUCCUCAAGGUUUACCAGGAUUGAGAGGAUCGCCGGGUCCAGCAGGGGAGACCGGUCCGCCGGGUAAUCCAGGAAUUCCAGGUGAACAAGGAAAAAUAGGUGAAACCGGUCCCACUGGACCUAAGGGUGAUCGCGGUAGGAGAGGUCCUAAAGGACAUAGAGGAGAUCCAGGUCUGAAUGGACUUAAAGGAGACCGAGGAGAUAAAGGUCAGAAAGGGGAGCGAGGAGAUCGUGGACCUGAAGGGCCAAAAGGCGACAUUGGACCAGUUGGACCCAUUGGUUUCAAAGGUAAUGAUGGUCCUGCUGGACUUCCAGGAAUGGAAGGACCACCUGGACCUAAAGGACAAGAAGGAGUUGCUGGAAUGAAAGGAGAAUCAGGUCCACCAGGUCCUCCUGGACCACCAGGACCUCCAGCUGAAAUGCCACUUCUUCCUCCUGAGAUUCUAUUUCAGAAAGAACUAUCGCGAUCUAAGAGAGAUCUUGGAGAUUUAAUUAACGAAUAUGAAGAAAUUGUGGAAACAACUAAAAAAACUGAUACUUCAGGCGACGAAAACGUCAAUACAAAUAAUGAUGACAACCAUAAAUUCUUAGAUAUGUACAACGAGAUUUACAGAAUGAGGCGUGAUCUCGAAGGAACUAAAAAACCAGUGGGAACGCGAGACAAUCCAGUUCGAACUUGCAGAGAUCUGUACUACGGACAUCCUCAAUUUAAUGAUGGAUGGUAUUGGAUUGAUCCCAAUUUGGGCAUGAAAGAUGAUGCAAUUUAUGUUUAUUGUAAUAUGACUGCUGAAGGAGAAACUUGUGUAUCACCAGAUAAGCACAGCUCAAGUAUGCCCAAUAUACCAUGGAGAAAAGAAAGUCCUAAGAAAGAGUGGUACUCCAAUUUACGGGGGGGCUUUAGAAUAACAUACGAGGCAGUCGGUACAGUGCAAAUGAACUUCCUGCGUCUUCUUUCAAGUGAAGUAUAUCAAAAUUUCACAUACUCGUGUAUAAACAGCGCAGCUUGGUUUAAUCAGAACACCCACAAGUUCGAUAUGGCGAUAAAACUUUUAGGUCAAAAUGAACACGAAUUCACGCACACCAACUCUAAAAAUAUUGUCAUUGAAGAUAAAUGUAAAUUUAGAAAGAAUAAGGCAGAAACAAUAUUCGAGAUUAGAACGAAGAAAAUGCAACAAUUGCCUAUCAUUGACUUUUUGCCAGUGGACUACGGAGCACCCAACCAAGCAUUCGGAUUUUCAGUUGGAGCAGUUUGCUUUAAAUAAAUUAGGAUAUUGCGUAUAUAACAUAGUUUUACAAUAGAUACUUACUUGAUUGAAAAUUAGUUUGUUUGUUAGAAAAUACUUUUAAGGUAUGACUGUUGUUAUAGCACCUAUUUAUUUAUGAAGAACUUAAGAAUGUACAUAUUUUAAUAUAAACACUGCCAUAUUAUGUUAUGUUUUAUCUAAGUUUGUAUUUUAGUAAUAAAAUAUUGUAAAUAAAACGUUUAUCCUUAAAUAAUUUAUAAUAAAACUGUAUAUUACAUAAGAAAUUAUUCACUGAUAGGUAUAAAAAUAAAAUAAUUCGUAAAUAUU